GCCGUAUGAAGUUAUUUGUAGGAUCUUGGGAUAACCAGCUUUUCUCCACAAUAGAUGCCCUUUUCCCAGAGCGCUUCCAGACCUUCGACGGCGAGGUCUUGCACGUAGCCUCGGAUUACGACGACUAUCCUCUCAUCUACGAAACGGACGACGUCGACGGCAUGAACAUCCGAAUCCUGAAGGCGCUCGGGGCGUGGCUCAACUUCACCUUCACGACCACCAGCGUAGCGUCCGACGACCUGUGGGGCAGCUUGGAGAACGGCACCUGGACCGGCCUCUUGGGAGACGUGUAUCGCGGCGAAAAGAACAUCACCAUAAACUACUUCACGGUGGUUUACGAAAGGGCUCGAGACUUCGACUACACCGCGACCUACUUCACGGAGGGAUUCGGCUUCGCACUCCGAGUCCCGCCGCCCUUGCCCGCUUGGAGGAACCUCUUCUUGCCCUUCACCCCCCUGUUGUGGGCGUCCGUCGUGGGGGCGGUUGUGCUGACCACGCCGAUCAUCUAUCUCCUAAUCCACGUAACGGAGGGCACCACCUUCACGGAUGUUGCGAUUCUCGUGUUUAAGAGCCUGGUGCAGCAGAGUUCCUCCACGGCGAGCAAGAAGGGGGCGGCGAGACUGCUGGUGGGCGUCUGGUGGAUCGGAGGACUAAUCCUAGCGCUCUCAUAUACCUGCAAUCUAAUCGCCGUCUUAACUGUCCCGGUUUUCCCGUCAAUCAUCGCCACCAUUGAAGGAUUGGCCGACAGUAAUUUCAGAGUCAGCAUGGUCGACUACGGCGAAUUUGUCCCCGAGGCCCUGGCCACUUCCGCCGACCAGUACCUGAAGGCUCUCGGCGAUCGAAUGGACCUCGUCGAGAACUAUGCUGACGAUGAAAUUAGUUACAGGCGGUUGCUGGAUCUGCUGUUGGAAGGACGACACGCCAUCACUGAGACGUAUUCUUAUCUCAGAAAUAUGCUAGCCGACGACGAGCAAGGGCGCCUCCACACCUACGUCCUCCGCGAGCAGAUCUACACCGGCGCCCUGGCCUUCUUCCUGCCGAAGCACACGCCGUGGAGACCCCGACUCGACCGGGGCAUUGAGCGGCUGGUGGAGGCGGGGCUGGUCGACAAGUGGUACCGCGACCUCAUGGGGGGCAUGGCGGCGGGUGACCUCCAGCAGCAGCAGCAGGGCACGGGCGAGGAGAAGGCGCUCACGAUCUCCAAUCUGCAGGGGCCCUUCCUCGCCCUGGCUCUCGGCCUCGGCCUCGCCUCGCUCGCCUUCCUCGUGGAGGUCAGUCUUCAUGGCCAGGCGGCGGGGGUGGAGGCCAAGCGGAAGGGAUUGCAGAAUUAGAGAUGUUUGA